AUGGCUGCAUUGCAUACUUUAAUAGAUAAGGCCACCGCCCCUACAUUAACUGCCGAUAAUUGGCAGUUUAUUCUUGAUGUCUGCGAUCAGAUCACCUCAGACCCAGAAACUGAAACUGCCAAAUCAGUGCUGUUAUUGAAAACAAAGAUAACCUCUACAAAAGAUGCAAACACAAUCUUGAGGUCAUUGUCGCUCUUGGUGGCAAUGGCAGAAAACUGUGGUUCAAGAAUGAAACAGGAAAUUGCAUCCAAAUCAUUCACUCAAGACUGUUUGAUCAAAAAGCUACUGGAUAAAAAACUUCAUAUUACCGUUAAGCUCAGAAUUGUAGAAGUUGUGCAACAAUUGAGCCAGAGCUUUUCCAAUGACCCUUCCUUGAAACCAAUGAAGGAUGCACACGACCGUAUUAAAUUAGAGUUUCCACAACUCGUGAGUAUACAACAAGGACCAACAGUCCCUGCCAAAGAAGAAAGAACUGCACAAGACAAGAAUAAAGAGGACGAAGAACUACAAAGAGUUUUGAAGCUAUCUUUGCAAGAGUUUGAAAAUGAACAGAAUUUGAAAAAACAAUAUCUUAACAAUAAGCCAUUACCUGAGACUAGUAAAAAUUUUGAUGAUGGGGCCGAUGCUGAUGAUGAUGAUGAUAAUGAUAAUAAUACUAACGGGGAAGCACCAAAAUCUCAUGAAGAACAAUGGCAGCAUUCAACCACGCGCCCAGAAUCUCCACCAAAUUCAGAUGACGUUGAAACCGUGGCCACUGUAUCAAGAGUACGCGCCCUUUACGACUUGAUCUCAUACGAAGAAGACGAACUAUCAUUUAAAAAGGGAGACGUGAUAACUGUUAUCGAGUCUGUAUAUCGAGAUUGGUGGAGAGGAUCGCUUCCCAACGGUAAAGUUGGGAUUUUCCCACUAAACUAUGUCACACCGAUUGUGAACAAGUCACCUAGAGAACUCAAGGAAGAAAUAGAGCUUGAGUCGAAGCUCUUGAAUGUGGAGCACAGGAAAAUCGAUCGUUUAUUAGCACUAUUGUCAGUUGAGGACAUUCUGCAAGUUAAUGAAGCAGAAGUAACACAGCUUUAUAAUGAAAUUAUAACAUCAAGAAAUCAUUUAAGCUCAUUUAUUGACAAAUAUAGCCAGAGAAAAGAGGAAUUGGGUGUACUUUAUGGCCAGCUUUCAAGUAAAGUAAAGGCUCAUCAUGAAACAUUGCAAAACCAACAUCAUUCUUAUUCGUCUCCAAGUUGGCCGGGGCAAAACACGGGAGGUCAACCAUACAACCAUCUACCAUAUCCUACUAACCCGAGUGCAAUCCCUCUUGCAGGUCAGAACACUGGCUCAUAUGGGCAGCAGCAACAGCAACAACAACAGCCAUAUCAUCCACAUCAGCCGCAAGAGAGCUUUUAUACACGACCCAGACAAGAUACAGGUUACCCACUUGCACAAUCUAAUAACGGAGGGGGGUAUUCUCAAAACCCUGGAUCUAAUUAUUCUCUACAAACACCGCAACCCGAUUACACCCCUCAUCCUCAAACAAGUUUUCCACUGACUCAGCAACCACAGUCACAACCACAGCCACAGCCACAACAGCAACAACAGCAACAACAGCAACAACAGCAACAACAACAAUACUCUGGCUACAGUUCUCAGCCUCCACAUGAAUACACACAGCAGCAACAAAGCUAUCAAUCUCAACCGCAAUUCCAUUCUUCUCAAUCUUCUCAUGGAACAUUGCCAAUGCCUGCCCAUUCGCCAUAUCCUGCUUAUGGACAAGAUAUCCAGCCGCAAAAUACCAGCUAUGGUUUUGGCAAUGCACAAACUUAG